AAAAAUUAUAUCAUAAAAAGCCUUUGUAAAUAUGAAUAUCAUACAAUUUUGUAUGUAUUUAAGAGCUAAAAUAUGGUCCACAGAAUAUGAACUGUUAUGAAGUUCAAGGAAAAAGGAUAUAAAUGCAGGGGGAUGAUAUAGACAAAUCUGGUGGAGAGGGUAACAUGAAGAAAAUAUUUUAUGAGGCAUAAGCCUAACAUAAGUGGAAACACUAUGACCUGGAUAACUGGACUAUAAAUUGUAUUCAGGGAAUGAGUGUGGGAUAAAAUGCUGCGUUUGGAUGUGGAAUGUGGGAUAAAAUGGUGUGCACUCUGAAAGCCUUUAUAUAACAAACCAUAGAAUGUCAUUGUGAGUGUGAGCAGAAUGACACAAAAUGAGGCUUUGAAUUUAACUACAGUAAUUCUGACUUCUCACUCCUUUCUCUAAGGUAACUACAGAAACUAUUUCCUGGCAUGAAUCAAUAAGUGAAACAAAUCACUCCAUGGUGACUGAGUUCAUUUUUCUGGGACUCUCCAAUUCUCAGGAACUCCAGACUUUUCUAUUUGUGUUCUUUUUGGUAUUCUAUGUAGGAAUUGUGUUUGGAAACCUUCUUAUUGUCCUAACUGUGGCUUCUGAUUCUCACCUUCACUCCCCCAUGUAUUUCCUGUUGGCCAACCUCUCACUCAUUGAUCUGUGCCUGUCUUCAGUCUCAGCCCCCAAGAUGAUUGCUGACUUUUUCAGUAAAUGCAAGGUUAUCUCUUUCAAGGGCUGCCUUGCUCAGAUAUUUCUCCUUCACUUCUUUGGUGGGAGUGAGCUGGUGAUCCUUAUAGCCAUGGCCUUUGACAGAUAUGUGGCCAUCUGUAAACCCCUUCGCUACACCACAAUUAUGUCUAGCAAUGUAUGUGUUGGCAUUGUUGCUGCUGCCUGGGGAACUGGCUUCCUCCACUCAGUGAGCCAGCUGGCCUUUGCAGUGAACUUACCUUUCUGUGGUCCCAAUGAGGUUGAUAGCUUUUACUGCGACCUUCCUAGGGUCAUCAAACUUGCUUGUACAGACACCUAUAGGUUGGAUAUCAUGGUCAUUGCUAACAGUGGUGUGCUCACUGUGUGUUCUUUUGUUCUCCUAAUCAUCUCGUACACUGUCAUCCUAGUGACCAUCCAGCAUCUCCCUUCACAGAAGUCAUCCAAGGCCCUGUCUACUUUGACUGCUCAUAUCACAGUAGUUCUUUUGUUCUUUGGACCAUGUAUCUUCACUUAUGCCUGGCCAUUCCCCAUUAAGUCAUUAGAUAAAUUCCUUGCUGUGUUUUAUUCUGUGGUCACUCCUCUCUUAAACCCAAUUAUAUACACACUGAGGAACAAAGACAUGAAGACUGCAAUGAAACGGCUCAGAAAAUGGAAUAUGAACUCGAGGAUAAAGCCUUAG